CGUCAGUUGUAUAACACAGGAAUCCCGAAUGGAGAAGACGUCUGCUUUAGUCUUCUUUGUGAACGGGAAGAAGGUAUCCAUUGAUAAUCCUGACCCAAGGGUCACUCUCAUCCAAUACUUACGGCGUACUUUAUAUUUGACUGGGACGAAGGAGGCGUGCAGUCAGGGAGCAUGUGGGGCGUGCACAGUCAUGGUGUCUUACUACAACCAACACCAGAAGAAAAUUAUUCACUAUUCCUGCAAUGCCUGCAUGACCCUUUUGUGCACACUUCAUGGGACAGCCAUAACGACUGUAGAGGGUGUGGGAAGUACAAGGAAUGGACUUCAUACCAUACAAAACAAUUUACUGAAGUAUCACGGACUACAGUGCGGGUUUUGUACCCCGGGGAUGGUGAUGACGAUGUACACGAUGUACAGAAAUAACAAAAUGCCAGAAGAGGACGAUUUUGAGCGAGCAUUAGAAGGAAAUUUAUGCCGAUGUACUGGAUAUCGAUCUAUUCUGGAGGCUUUUAAGUCGAGUUGUGGGAGGGGAAAGUCAUGCUGCAUGAACACGGAAAAAGAAGAAGGGAUUGAUAUCAAUAUGGCAGAUACAAACCUUCGUAAUAUAAAUAAAGAUGAGAGUCAAGAAGUAAUAUUUCCAAAUGAAUUACAGAAAGAAUCAUGCUCCGAUAUCAGAAACAACAAGACAUCCAGAGUUUUGGUGAGUUGUACAGGAGUCUCAGAACUGAAGGUGAUGAAACAAGACGAGAAUGAGAUUGUCUUUGGUUCCGCUGUUACAUUCUCUGAAAUGGAACAAUUUGUUCUGUCUCUUACAUCAAAAGACAAUGAAGGCACCUUAGUUGGGGCUCUUCUUGAGGGAAUUCGUUGGAUUGCAGCUGACCAAGUCAGGAAUGUUGCUACAAUUGGUGGCCACGUAAUGUCUACAGGUCCACACGACCUUCAAACGUUACUGAUGACCUCUGGAGCUAUUUUGACUUUUCAGUCUGCUGGGGACAAGAAUCCCCAAGUCAUAAAGUACUCGGAGGACUUUUUCCCGAAUUCAUUCUCGUCGAAUUCAAUUUUGAUAUCAGUGAGGUUACCCCGGAAUCAAAAGAAUGAGUUCAUAUUUUUCGGAAAGCAGCCUUUUAGAAGAGGAAUGGAUUAUGCUGUUGUAAAUGCAGGACUUUUUGUAAAAAUUGAGGAACAGUCUAGCAGAAUUAAAGACAUGCGAUUCUGUGUUGGAAACAUAGAAAGUAAACCAAGAUAUUUAGAAAACGUUACAAAGAAAGCUGUGGGAAGCCCUUUCACAGAAGAAUUACUGGAGGACACUGGUGACGUCAUUGUUCAGGAACUGAAAAACUCUAGGGCUAAACAACUGAAAUACAAAAUAACACUAGCCUGUGCUUUCUUCUUUAAAUUUUACAAGAGGUUAUGCGAAUUACUUCAGAUAUCGGAGGGAGGUACCUUUGGCCUUACUCCGGUCCACUCAACAGGAGCACAGUUUUAUGACGUACCAGCAGACGACAGCAGCAACAUCGUCUGGCAACCUGUGCCACACGUGUCGUCUGAGAGCAUCACAACUGGAGAGGCAGUAUAUGUGGACGAUAUUCCAGAGUACAAAAAUGAAUUGUCGUUAGCCCUAGUUUCCAGUUCCCGCGAUCAUGCUAAAAUUCUCUCCGUCGAUUUCUCUGCGGCUCUGGGGUCCCCCGGGGUGGAGGACUUUGUAGAUUACAGAGACGUCCCCGGAGAAUUGGAGUAUGGAGAAUUUGGACCAGAAGCACCUUUAUUUGCUGAUAAAGAAGUGACUUAUUUUGGACAACCUAUUGCGGGAAUUCUAGCCAGAACAAGGGAGGAAGCCAGAGCUGCGGCUAAACUGGUGAAAGUUGAAUAUGAAAAUCUACCCGCUGUGUUUACCAUUGACGAUGCAACUGAGAAAGAAAACUUGUUUGAUUUCACCAACUCAACGAAACAAGGGAACAUCGAGCAAGGAAUGACUGAGUCUGAAGUGACGCUAGAGGGCGUUGUGGAGACAGGUGCGCAGGAGCAUCUUUAUAUGGAGCCGUGUUCAGCCCUGAUAUGUCCCAAAAAAGAAGAUAAAGAAAUAGAGAUAUUUGUAGGAACGCAAGAUCCUUCUGGAUUGCAGAAAUGGGUCGGACAGUUUCUGUUGAUUCCGUGCAACAGAAUAAACAUAAGGGUAAAGCGAAUUGGCGGUGCCUUUGGUGGGAAGGCCAUAGACAUCAUUCCUCUGACCGGAAUAACAUCGGUAGCUGCUUGGAAAGUGAAUCGACCAGUCCGCUGUAUUUUCCAGAGAGAUUAUGACGUCAGAGCUACUGGUAAACGUCACGGAACGAAGGCGUUUUAUAAAGUUGGCUUUAGUAAAGAUGGAACAUUGAAUGCAUUGUCUCUGGAAUUUUAUUUAAAUGCUGGUGCUAUCAAGGGAUUAAGUCCGAUGGUACUAAACCAGAUGAUGGCGGGAAUGGCCAGCAUCUAUAAGAUCCCCCAUUACUCCUCCACGGGCCAUCUGUGUCAGACUAACAUCCCAUCCAGCACCGCCAUGAGGGGGUUCGGAAUGCCCCAAGCCCACUUUAUCAUUCAGAGUAUCAUGUUUGAUGUUUCUAAGCAUCUGAACAUGCCCUUCAACAAACUGAGAGAGAUGAAUACGUUCAGAGAGGGCGACACAGACAUGUAUGGUAAAGUUUUGUCAGAUUUUAACCUGGUCAGAUGUUGGGAGGACUGUAAAACACAGAGCAACUUUAACACUGUAGAAAGAGAAGUGGCGGAUUUCAACAGGGACAAUCAAUGGAGAAAGAGAGGUGUAGCUAUGUCGCCCUGUAUCUUCUUCUUCGGCUACCCACCACUCAGUGCUAAUUAUGCUGGAGCUUUGGUUAAUGUUUACAAGGACGGUUCUGUGUUAAUAUCACACGGAGGGAUAGAAAUGGGACAAGGCCUUCAUACAAAGAUGUGUCAGAUUGCAGCUACAGCAUUGGGUAUUCCUUUACAUCAAGUUCACCUUUGUGAGACAAGUACUCACUCUGUUCCUCAUUCUAUGGAGUCUGGAGGAAGUUUUGUGGCUGAUUUAAAUGGAGGGGCCGUCAAGAAUGCUUGUGAAAAAAUCAAAGAAAGACUGCAAGUUCUGAAGGAAACGAUGCCAAAUGCGUCCUGGGUGGAAUUGAUUAAAGCGGCCCUUUUCAGUAGAAUCAACUUAUCUGCCACUGGUUUUUACAAAUCACGUGACAAAGGCUAUGACUUCCGGAAGCAGGAGGAGGGAGGAGAGUACUGUAUGUACCACGGCUAUGGCGCGGCGUGCACCCUGACUGAGAUUGAUGUUUUAACAGGAGAGCACCAGAUACUGAAAACAGACAUUGUAUUUGAUGUUGGAAAAAGUUUGAAUCCUGCUAUUGACGUCGGUCAAAUUGAAGGGGGAUUUGUGCAGGGUUGUGGUAUGAUGACUUCCGAGCAAGUGACGGUAAAUCCAGAGGCAGGCCUUAUUGAAGCUUGUGGACCAAUCAACUAUAAAAUCCCCGGAAUCAGAAACAUUCCGAAAGAUUUCAAAGUGACGUUACUUAAAGAAGCAGCGGGAGGCAAUAAAGAAGUGUACUCAUCAAAGGGUAUCGGGGAGCCACCACUAUUGCUGGCGGUAUCUCUACACCUCGCUCUCAGAGAGGCUGUCCUAGCAGCACGUGCGGCGAAUGGGUUAUCUGGUAACUACAGACUGGAAUGUCCAGCAACUCCAGAGAGAAUCCGAAUGGCAUGCGCAGGACCAAUUGUUCACAAGUGCCAUGAUGUAAAAGAAGAAAGGAAAGUGAUUCAAGUAUAAGCUAGUUGGCUGUCCUGACUGAUGUGGAGUAAACAGCAUCUAUAAUUCUAUAAUUAUAUUUGUUCUUCAAAUUACUCUCUACUAGGCUAUUAUUGCUUAUCAAUAAGAGUACAUUUAUUUUGAUAUUCAGAAUUAAUAACACAUGAGAGUUUUUUUUUCUGGUUUGAGCUUUUAAAAACAAACAAACUAGGCCAAAAGGCAUGGAAGAAGUGAGAAGACAAAUAUAAUGUGAUGGAUCACGUGACUUAGUAUUUUAAAGCAUGAUAAGUGCAAAUUGUGUGGUCAUCUCUACUAUGACUUUAAGAUUACUUAUCUGAGUUGACUUAUACUGAUUGAUUGUAUUAGAUUGCAAUAAAGUGAUUAAGAUGUGUAUAAUGUA